AUGACACCCAAAACUAAGCAACAGGGUAAAGAUAUUACUAAGCCUUCAAUGGCUCGAACUUGUUUGAGUCCGCAUCGUAUGCAGCCUUUCAAGCUCCCAUCAGACCAGAUCCAACAGCACGAUUCAUCCGUACCAUUGGCACCUCUAACCAGAAAAAGAAUUAAAGGCAUGAACUCCUUCCAGCAGUCCACUCGGAUUGCGCUAUCAGAUAGGUGA